AUGUCGGUCUCCAAACUACAGGACACAGACGAGGUUUUUGAUUUUACCGCUGUGGUUCCAGAGACGCCGCGCCUGGACAGUAGCCUGCAGAAGGCCCGAGCCCGGCUCCUGGCCAAGGGCCGCCGCCACCGGCCCUCCCGCUCCCGCCUGCGAGACAGCGCCAGCUCCACCGAGGGCGACGAGGGGCCCGAGGCGGCGGGAGCCGAGGGUGACGGUGGCCCCCCGGCCCCCUCGCCCUUCUCCCGCGACGCCGAGUUCUCCUUCGACGGGGGGGCGGUGCGGCGGGUGCUGGGGGACCCCCCGGCCCCCUCGUCCCCCCUCAGCCGCUACCGGCCCCUCACCGACGCCUCGUCCCAGGAGGGGCUGGCGGGCACCCCCUCGCCCAAGUCCUGCCACAGCUCCGACAGCUCGCGCUUCGCCCGCCGCGACGCCCGGCCCCAGCGGCACAGUGAAGACGACAGCCGGGACAUGAGCCCCCCCGAGCCGGCCAGCCCCACCGUGGGGCUCGAUAAGAAAACACGGAGGAAGUUCUUGGAUUUUGGGGUGACCCUGCGCCGGGCGUCCUCCAGCAAGAGCCGGAAGGAGAAGGGCAGCAACCGCCUGUCCAUGGGCAGCAGGGAGGCGGCGGAGGGUCCCGGCCGCCCCUCGGGGUCACCCUUCCUGCCCUUCUCCUGGUUCUCGGACGGCGCGAGGGGCUCGGCCUCCCCCGGCUCCGCGUCGCCCGCCGGCUCCCCCCGGCACGAGGGGCUCAGCCCCGCCAAAUCUGCCUCCCAGGACUCGACGCUGAGCGAGGACUCCCCACCGCGCAGCGCCAGCCCGCGCCUGCCCGGCCCCACCGCCACCAAGUGCUCCUACCCCUACCACACCCUCUCACAGUCCUCGGACGAGUUCCUGGAUGAGCCCCCCGGCGCGGGCCGCGGGCUGGACGUGCGGCAGGUGGGACAGUGGCUGGAGAGCCUCAACCUGGAGCAGUACGUGGAGGAGUUCUCGGCCCACGGCAUCGAUGGUCCACGGCUCCUGCACCUUGAUGGCGCCAAGCUCAAGGCGCUGGGCGUGGGCAGCUCACAGGACCGCGCGGUGCUGAAGCGGAAGCUGAAGGAGCUGAGCCUGGCGGUGGAGAAGGAGCGCAAGGCCCAGGAGAAGGCGGAGAAGCAGCGGGAGAAGCAGAAGAGGGACCAGGAGCAGCGGCGGAGCUAA